AUGGUCUCUUCGCUCACAUCCAGGCCCGUCAGCAGUGUCCGUGAUCAGCAGGACUCCUUUCGUUUGCCUAGUACCACCAACACCACCACUCAUCUCAACCCAAAGUCGGUCACCACGGAACCAUCUCCUCGUAUCGGAUCCGUCCUCAGCACUUCCAGCGAUUGUUCAGCAGUCCUUUCCCUCCCAGACGAUCGUCACAGCUCGCCUUUUGCAGCAUCCGCUCGUUCUUCCGAGUAUUCGUUUGAUCGAAGCUCCCUCAGCACUGCAGCUACCUUUCCACCACCGCCGCGCGAGCCUGAACAGUUGCCGUCAAUUGCUGCGCUCGACAGUCUUGGAACAAAACAACGUCGUCUCGUAGAACCCUCCUCUGUGUAUCCAGAUCGACACACCUUCGUUCACCCCACCACAGCAGCAUCCGCAAUGAACCCUUCCGAUAAGUCAGAUCACAUUGCCCGUCGUGGCUCACCACCGCCUCAGGCCUUGCGAAGACCUACCUCCCCAGCUGGUAGGAUCUCUAACCAUUCUGCCGAGUGGGACAUGCACUCCGAUCGUGGCAGUCCACGCAUGCCAAGCCGACGUUUGGGUCUUCCACCACCUCCUGCUCCCUCGGCUGCACCUCCUUCCGCCUACGCUCGUGAAUACAUCAACAGUCCUCGUACAUCCUACCGCGAAUCUGCUUACCGUGAACCUCAUCCUGCUACCCACCGCGAACUCUCCCCGCCUUCGACCACCGGUCUCAAGCGCAAGCUGAGCAAUACUUCCGACAUGGCUGCACGACGACCUUUUCCAGAGCGAGUUGACAGAAACGGCAAUGCUUGGGGUCCUUCCGACUACCCUCCUCUUCCUGCAUCUUCGCGUGCUGCUGCUGCUGGCGCCUACGCCGAACCUGGUUACUAUGGAGGCAGAGAGCGAGGCGAUACACCUGAACGCGCUUACUCUGGCUCCUACUCUCGUGACCCAGCCUACUCGGCUCGUCACGCGGAUUCACGCAUGGAAGACCCACACUACUCUCCUCGUCAUGCUCAUCCUGCCUCGCCUUCUACCUCUCGCACCGCCUACCACCGUGGAGGAUAUGAUGCUGUCACACCCUCAGGCCAUCCAUACCCAGUCGCAGCACGCAGAUCUGAUCGAUACAGCCCUGGACCUUCGCCUCGUUCGCCUUCGUAUGUUUCUCGUCAAGUAGUCCCUCCUCAUCGAGCUCCUUCACCGCAUGAUGGUUACGGCAGAAGCGCACCGCAACACUUGUCAUAUUCGCGGCGACCUUCGCCACCACCUUUUGCAUCCGACCCUCGUCCACAACUGCCGCCUCUGUCGUCCCGCACUCCAGCUUCUCGAUACCCAGCAUCAGCAGCAUCAGCAGCAGCAGCAGCACCACCACCACCACCACCCCGUGGCGGCCGAUACACUCCUCCCUUGGAAGCUAGCCAUGCCAGCGACAGGUUGAGUCCAGAGAUAGAUCCGCAUGCAUACUCGGAACCUUUUUACCCGGAUCGUCGUCUGUAUUUCGCUAGAGAGCGCAUUCUGGAUCACGAGAUGGAUGAGUAUUACAAUGGCCCCAUCGGUGCCAAUGCGAGCAGCGGCGCAAGCAAAGGACGUUACGCCGAUUACCCUUACGAUCCCUAUGGAUCUCCUCAUGCUGGGUCGUAUCCUCCAUCAGGCGCACACAAAGGUGCCAAUGGACCCAUGCCUGUACCUUCUCCCGUCUCUGCACCUUUGGCACCACACCCAGGAGCAGCAGGAGGCAGACACCUCGACUCUUGUGUUCCCUAUGCCAGUCCUUACGCUCCAGGAGACUACAUGUCACACGAUCCCCGCGACAUGCACCCGAGCAUGGUUAGACCCGGUGGACCCAUGGGAAGACCCGUCAUGGCUAUGCCUGCAACCCAUGUCCCACCUGGGCCAUCAGCCGGUAUUGCGCCUCCUCCUCGUCGUAGAGGCAAGCUUCCCAAACCCGUCACCGAUCUUCUCAAAUCUUGGUUAUUGGAGCAUGCGAGUCAUCCAUAUCCUACCGAGGACGAGAAGAGGUCAUUGUGCAGUAUGACUGGGUUGACCCUGUCCCAGGUCAGCAACUGGUUCAUCAAUGCUCGUCGUCGAAUCCUUUUACCGACCGGCGCAAAUGGUAGUCCGGGUGGAUCGACUGCUGCGCAGGUCAAGGCAGCGUUUAGUGGCGAUUCUCCUAGCCCUCCUCAUCAUGAAGCCUAA